AUCGUAUCUCGGAUCUCAGUGCUGGUGGGGUUAACAGAUCAUCGCUCCGAGUCUCUCAGUCCACGGCAGGAACUCCUAGAAGCAACACCUCCGAAAAGAAAUAAUAACAAAAGUAAACUGUAGGAAGAGCCAUGAAGCUACUGAUAAUCUUACUAGUCCUCUUUUUCCCAAAAGAGAACGCAGGAGCGAGAACCGUGACGCACGAAGACAUCAAAGAAGGGAUGAUAAGUUUCGUCCAUCUGCUACGUGAUUCGAUCGAAAAGCUGGAACGCCACGAAAACAGGGAACGGCAACUGGGCGAACAUUUGCGCAAGGCGCUCAGCGGUUUGGACGCGAGGGAAAGAGCCCAGGACGGGCUCCUUCGCAACAUCAUCAACAAGCUCAGCAUCCUGGACGAAAGGAUAGAAAAUCUAGAGGAAAAGUCGAAAAUUAAGGAAGAAACUAGAAAGGGUUUCUCGGACGACGCGAUGCAGGUUUUGUCCGACAAACUUCAAACGGUAGUAGACGGACAAGAAGCGUGUCCUACCAAAAUGGACCUCUUGGAAACAACCAUGAAACUAAAAAUUGACGGACUUCAGACCCUCGUCCAGGAAGUUAAGACUGAAGUCUCUUCACUGUCAAAGAGCGUUUCGCAUUUGGCCAGCCAGCAAGACGAACUGGUGGCGAAGGACGCCGAAGCGCAGAAAGAUAGGAAGUCGAUUUUGUCAGAAUUGAAGCAAAAAUUCGAAUUUAUUAACACGAUACCUGAAACUUCAGAUAGGGACAAUGCCACGAUCAACGAAAUCGUUUCGUUUAGAAAUGAAAUGAUGGCGAAAUUAAAAGAAGGAGAGGCCAAAUGCGAAUCGAGGUUCGAUCAUACUGCUGAGAUCGUCAAAAAACAGUCUAACGCGAUUACCACCUCCGUGAUGAGCUUGGUCAACGAAACUAGCCGGUCAAUUGAAAAUAUCCAAGCCGCCGUCACGAACUUGGGAGAAAACUCGAAAACCGUGCAAAACAUCGAAAGCGUCCUUGUGCAAACGUCGCAAAACGUCAUGGACACGAGGAAACGGUUCGAAUACGGCGUUCACCGGAUGUUGCAGGAAGUGCAACAAGUCCUGACCACGCAAAACGUCGACUUGAACUUCACCGUAAACAAAGAGUUCGACGAGAUCUCGGACGUGAUAGUCAACUUCCAAAAAGAAUCCGUGGGCAACUUGAGCAAGCAGUUCGAAAAGGAGAUAAGCCAGGUCUGGAGGCAAAUCAGCGUCAUGUACCAGCAGAUUACUACAUCGGCCAAGGUCCUCGAUAUGUUACAAAACGAAACCGAUCACUUUACAAUUAAGAGCGAGGAAAAGUUCGAUCAGUUGGCUUCCAAGCUGGACAAUAUAGGAAGUAACAUAAAUCAAAUUCAGGACAACCAUAAUUUCGUACUAGGCCGGCUAUCUCUGUUCGUCCACGAAUUCAACGAAACCAGAAACGCCUUAGCUUCAGCCAGCAAGUACUUCAGGGAGAUGUAUUCUCACGACCCUGUCGAAACCAAAGCGGGAAAAUUCGGCCCAGGACCCAUUUUUGUCGACGAUAUCGACAAACAAGUCGACAACCAUGUAUAAAAUAUAUAUAAAGACAUUUUUGUGGACAAUUAUCAUCAUUCAAUAAUUAAAUUCAGUACUGCUUACUUUCGUAAGUGGACUAUGUCUAUAUAUAUCCAUAUGCCUAAAUUAAGGUUUUCUCCAAAAUAUAAGAAAGCCACUUUUUUUGUACGAUUGUUAUUCGUGAAUUACAUUUAUAUUAUUCAUUGUUUAAAUCUUGUAUUAUUUUGUAGCAAUAAAAGUUUAAUAACACUUAAA